AUGGCCCUCGCCCCUCAGAAUUUUAAUAGGGCCCCUGCACCACCUCAAAUUUAUAACAACCCUGUGCCAACUGCUCAAAAUUUUAACACCGCCCCUCUACCAGCUGCUCAGAACUAUAACACAACACCUCAACCAGCUGCUCAGAACUAUAACACAGCACCUCAACCCGCUGCUCAGAACUAUAGCACGGCUCCUGUACCGGCUGCUCAGAAGUACAACACGGCACCUCCAGCUGCUCAGAAUUACAAUCCGGCCCUUGCACCAGCAGCUCAGAGUUAUGAUCCGGCCCUUGCACCAGCUGCUCAGAGUUAUAAUCCUGCCUUUGCACCAGCUGCUCAGAAUUAUAAUCCAGCAUUUGCACCUGCUGCUCAGAAUUAUUAUAAGCCGCCCACCACAACACGCGGAGGACGAGACAGUUACAACCGUCCUCCUCUGCUCAGAGAUGGGCGCCGCCAAUUUUCAGCAACUUCUGAUGACAGUGCAUUGACUAACCAAAUUCUGGCUACUGAUCGGUCUCGUGACCGUCCCUAUGAUGUCAAGUCCGUUCCUCUUAAACAUAUUCUUCAAACUGUUGACGUCAUCCUUGCCCGUGUCACGAAACCUGACAUCCAUGGUGCCUUUCUGGUUCCGGGAGCUGUAGGUGCACAUGAUGCUCUAAAUUUGGAACAUGAGAAGGCCCUCCAUGCUUCCCUGAGUAGCCUCCAAGACAACUACGAUGUUCCAACCGGCCUGUUUAAUGCCAUCUCCUGCGAGAUAUUCGGCAAGUGGCUGUCUGGGGAAGAUCCCAACAAGACAACCAUGGAGAUAUUGGACAUUGUGCAACACCAUGAUUGGGAUGAGAAAGUGGUGCUUGUCUUGGGAGCUUUUGCUGUGAAAGAUGGUGAGUUUUGGCUUGUGGCUCAGCUUUACACCACCAACCCACUGGCCAAAGCGAUUGGACAGCUUAAGCAAGUGCAAGAGAUAUUGGAACGUGCUGGGACUACCUUGAAGCCCAAGUUUGACUCCUACAACAAUCUGGUUAGGGCCAUCAUCAAUGUCACCAAGUGCGUUGUUCAGUUGCAUGACCUUCAGCGUGAUCCGCACGUGACCACCGAACAUGAAUCCGCAGCCACCACUGCUCAUAUCCCCACCGCUGUUUACUGGACGAUUCGGAGUAUUGUCGUUGCUGCAUCACAACUACUGGGGAUCACUGGCAUGGGCCCCGAGUAUCUGACAGAGGCAUGGGAACUAUCAUCCUUGGCUCAUAAGCUCGAAAACAUACACAGCCACCUCCAGGAGAACCUCGACAGAUUAUAUGAAAUCAUCAAGAGGAAGAAAGAUGAUGAAGCCUUGGCUGCCAUUGCAUACAUCUUAGAAACACCACACAUUGAUAACGUCAAGCCUCUGAGGGUCUUGUUUUACAAGGAUGAUCUGCCAGCACUCUAUGAUUGCUACAACAAGAAGAGGGUGGACAUUGAUGUCUUGAAGAGGAAGACUGUGAUCCUGUUCAUUUCAGACCUCGACGUCGUCAAUGAAAACGAGUAUAUGAUUGUCCAAAAUAUGUACAUGGAAAAACGGCAAAGCCCAGCAAGGCCAGAGAGCCAGUACGAGGUUGUGUGGGUUCCAAUUGUGGACACGUGGACUGAUGCCAAGUACCAGCACUUUGAGGACCUUAGGAGAAACAUGGAAUGGUACACAGUGUUCCACCCUUCAGUGGUCUCUCCAACUGUGAUCAGGUACAUCAGGAAGAAGGACAAAUGGAACUUUCAAAAGAAGCCUCUGCUUGUGGUAAUGGACCCGCAAGGCAAAAUAGUGCACACCAACGCUGUUCACAUGAUGUGUAUUUGGGGAAGCAUAGCCUUCCCUUUCACCAGCAGCAAAGAGAAAUUGCUCUGGGAGGAAGAGACCUGGAGGAUUGAACUUUUGGCUGACUCCAUCGAUCAAAAUCUCAUUAACUGGAUUGCAGAGGGGAAGUACAUCUGCUUGUAUGGUGGGGAAGAUAUGGAAUGGAUCAGGAAUUUCACAAGGGCAGCUAAAAAAGUGGCUGCGGAAUCUGGGAUCCAGUUGGAGUUGCUGUAUGUGGGGAAGAGCAAACCAAAGGAGAAAGUGGUGAAGAACAUCAUGACCGCCAUUCAAUUUGAGAAGCUAAGCCACACCCUCGAGUGGAACCUCAUCUGGUUCUUCUGGGUACGUCUGGAGAGCAUGUGGCAGUCUAGGGGACAACAGCUUCAGACAGAGGCUCUGAGAUCAGGUCGUCUUACCGACAGCUUGAAAAGCGACCCGGUGAUGCAGGGGAUCAUAUCAAUGCUCAGCUUCGGCUCGAGUGACCGUGGAUGGGCUGUCAUUGGGACAGGCUCAGCUGGCAUGUCCAAGGCCAAUGGGGAGCACAUGUUCAGAAGCUUGAAUGAGUUUAACUUGUGGAAUAGAAGGGUGAAUGAGAUAGGCUUUGUGCCUGCAUUGAAUGAGUACUUGGAUGGGGUGUAUAAACAAGCACCACAUCACUGCACCAAUCUCAUACUGCCCGCUACCGGGCUCAUGCCUGAGACCGUGGCCUGCGCUGAAUGUGGCCGGCUCAUGGAGAGGUUCACCAUGUUCCGCUGCUGCACUGACUGA